AUGAUGGCCUUGAGGUCCCUGACCUUCGGUGUCGCCGCAUUGCUGCUCGCACACAAUCUUUGCACGGCGGCCACAGUGUCUUCAAUAGGCAACUCGAAACCCCUUGAUCCACGGAGCCCAGCAAGCACUUUAACGGCGUCACAGUCAUCCUGCCCACUAGUCUGGAGCGUAGUGGCAGAGGAUCUCAAACGGUCUUUCUCAGGCUGUAAUGACCUCGCCCGAUCCGCCAUUCGAUUCGCCUUUCACGAUGCAGCUGGUUAUUCGGUCAAAAACCCCGUCAUCGCUCCAGCUUCUGGAGGUGCAGACGGCUCUCUCCUCCUGAAUGACGGAGAGAUAUCCAGAGGCGAUAACGCUCCCAUGAAGCAGAAUUAUCGCGAUCCGUUCCUGCUGCCGAAAUACCUUACAUACAAGAGCCAGGGCGUGAGCGCAGCAGAUCUCGUCCAAUUUGCAGGGAGUGUGGGAAUCAAAAGCUGCCGAGGAGGUCCAACAGUAAAGACCGUGGUAGGGAGGAAGGAAUCCAGCGCAGCUUCUCCAGGAGGACUUCUGCCGCAAGCAUUUGGGAAGGGAUCCGAUUACAAUACUUUGAUCAAGCUCUGGAAAGAUAAAACCUUCAGUCCGAGGGAACUUGCGGCUUUGAUGGGUGCUCACACAGUGAGCGUUUCGCUCACGGAGCAGGCGAACGGCAUUCCAUUCGGAGGUGCGCAAGACUCCGACCCGACUGUUUGGGAUAACCAUUACUACAGCCAGACCCAAUCUCGUACUCGUGGCGUGUACAGCUUCGCUUCGGACGUCAACCUUUCCAAUGCUACCACGGAGUGUGGCAAAGCGUUCACGGCGUUUGCGAACGAUCAAGCAACCUGGACGUCCGAGUUCGCUGCAGCCAUGUACAAGCUUAGCGUGCUUGGUAUCCCUCAAAGCCGGACAUGCCUCAGAGCCAUACACAAUACGACGCCUGCCCGACCUCGGGUCAUUCGACAUAUCAACUACAGCAUACGAAGUGGGCGUAGUACAAAGUCAUUCUCCAAUCUUUUCCAUAAUGCGCGGAGAACCUUCAGACCUCCUCCCGCGCCGGUCAAGGGAGGAACACUCCUUCUCGCAGCUCUCAGCCCCGCCGCAUUCGUUUCGAUCGCAGAGGACGAUGAGGACAACAAUGACGGAAAGACGCACGAGGAACAUAUGCUCGAAAUCUCUCGGCGGGAAAUUGAGGAGUACGUGCCGGAAACAUUACGCAAUAGCAAGAAAGUCCGUGUUGGAUUGUGGAAAUUCCUGGAUACUUGGAUCUAUGAACCUAUCGCAACGACAUUUCGAUUCUUUCAUCUGGUUAUUAUAUUUGUCCCCGUAAUUGCUACGGUUCCCGUAAUGUGGUUUGGAGCGCGGCAAAAAGAUAAAGAUGGUGAACGAAGCGGGACAUUGUGGUGGUAUGGCUUUCUGGUGUCAAGCAUGGAAAGAGCUGGCGCAGCUUUCAUUAAGUUGGGUCAGUGGGCUGCGAGUCGAACGGAUAUAUUUCCUACACAAAUGUGUCGGAUCAUGAGUGCUUUGCAUUCAAACGCUCCCGCGCAUAGCCUGCAAGUCACGCAAGAGACGAUUGAGAGAGCCUUUGGGAGACGGUUUGAGGAUAUCUUUGACGAGUUCGACGAGCAGCCGCUCGGCGUUGGGGCCAUUGCACAGGUCUACAAAGCGAAGCUCAAACCAGAUCUGGUCGGCGAAGGUCAACAGGAGAUCGAGGUAGCGCCGAAGAACAUUCGGGAACGAGCUCUAAGGACCGUAGAUCCGCUAUUAAAGAGCACGCCGAAUCGUGUCCCGAGCACGUAUGUUGCAAUCAAAGUAUUGCACCCUAAGAUCGAGCGGAUUGUGAGGAGAGAUUUGUGUAUCAUGGGUGCAUUCGCGAAUAUCAUCAACGCCAUUCCCACGAUGGAAUGGUUCUCCUUUCCAGAUGAGGUCAAGCAAUUCGGCGAGAUGAUGAGACUGCAACUGGACCUCCGAAUCGAAGCCGCCAAUUUGACACUCUUCCGCAAGAACUUUCGCACCCGAUCAACGGCAUGGUUUCCCUACCCAUACACCCAGUAUACCACUCGCCAAGUCUUGGUAGAAGAAUUCGCUACUGGUAUACCACUCGAGCACUUCCUCCACAAUGGCGGCGGAGUCUUCCAGAAGGAGAUCGCUGACGAAGGCCUCGAUGCAUUCCUCCACAUGCUCCUAAUUGACAACUUCAUCCAUGCCGAUCUCCAUCCAGGAAACGUCAUGGUACGCUUCUAUCGACCGGCAACGGUUCGCGACCGGACACCCUUUCCUAGCUGGACCGGUAAAGGCAAGCCUGAUGUGGAAGGCUCGGAGGACGUCACCGAGCAAGUCAUUUCCCGUCUCAAACCGCAUCGUGACAACAAAGAAUCCUGGCUUGCGACGCUGAAGCAAAUCGACAAAGAAAACUAUCGACCGCAACUCAUCUUUAUCGAUGCUGGACUGGUGACCGAAUUGAAUGAGACGAAUCGUAAGAACUUCUUGGACCUCUUCAAAUCUGUCGCCGAAUUUGAUGGAUACAAGAGUGGCAAGCUGAUGGUCGAGAGAUGUCGACAACCUGAUGCUGUCAUCGAUGAAGAAGUUUUUGCAUUGCGAAUGCAGCACUUAGUCCUCGGUGUCAAGAGCCGGACAUUUGCGCUCGGCAACAUCAAGAUCGGUGACAUUUUGAAUGAGGUCUUGGAUAUGGUUCGAUCACAUCACGUCAGGCUCGAAGGUGAUUUCGUCAAUGUCGUACUAUCUAUCCUCUUACUGGAAGGUAUUGGAAGGACUUUGGAUCCGGAUCUGGACUUGUUCUCUGGGGCACUACCAAUCCUUCGCCAACUCGGCGCCCAAUCCGGCAAAUCUAUGCUCACUUCAGGUGACCUGUCGAUGGUCAAGGUAUGGGCUGGUCUAGAGGCCAGGAAAUUCCUGCAGGCGAGCAUCGAGAGCGUGGAAAAGUGUGUCAAGUAUGAUCAGUUGAGUCCGAAUAUCUAG